GUACGUCUCAGCUGCAGUUGAUACCGUGGCAGCAAUUUCGACGGAUGACAAUGCGCUGGCGGGUUUCCGCUGGUCCUUGACUCUCGUUGCCAAGAUUUUGGUGCGGGCGGUGGGAGAGGGUGCUACCUUGGUGAUGAGAGCCAUCAACACCAAUCAGGAGCUGGCCAUGCGCAAGGCUUUAGCCAUCGCCCCCCGUGGUCAAAGAGCCAUGGAGCUGCUGAAUAUCUCGGUUGGAACUCAGUCCAUUUCUCCGCUCUUUUGGGCCAUCCAGAGUGGGGCCUUGCAUUCAGCCAGGGCCAUGAUUGUUGAUCUCCUUACGAUCCGAGCGGAUCGCGAUGUGUACUACUACGGUUGCGACGAGCUUUUUACCAGACAUCCAGACAUCAUCCACAGGCUUUGCAAAGACGCCCCUACCCUGCUAUGGACGUUGCUGGAUGGCCUGCUAUGGCGUUCCAGGCUCACCUUCCAGGCGCAAAGACGAGUGAAUUACUACGUGAAGCAUCUCGUGCAGGAUCUGGAUGGCAAGAGCAGCCAAACGCUCAGCUGGUUGGCUGCACACCAGGAUCCCAAGGUCAUCGUUCACCCCGUUGCACCUGGGCUUUGA